UCUCCAGCCCUGGAUGCAGAUCUACGAUUUGCACUGGGCAACUGUCCCAUUCAGGACAUUGAAGGUCGCUGCGUGGUCUAUGUCCAUAAGGUCCUUAAUGCAAACAAAGAUAAAGAAAAAAGAUGGGUGUAUUUACAACUGCAGCCUCAGUCAGAGGUCGAAACAUCAGAUCAUAUCAGUCUGAGAAAUGCACCCACCCAUGGAGAUUUAUUAUCAGAGCUGUGUUCCAGCUUCCUCCCUGGUCCUGUCACUUCCUGCCAACUUCUGCUCUACACCACGACGACUGAGUGCGAUCCUCGUCAUGGUUACACUGCAAUCAGAAGGCGGGGCUAUGCUGACUCUCUGUGCCAGCAGAUCAGAGCCUACGUGGAGCAGAGAGACCAACAGUACCCCCUAGUGGUGACAGGGGGGCCAUGCACAGGGAAGACCGUGUUGAUAGCACACUGUAUUCAGCAGAUAAAGUCCUGGGUAACAGACAGCCAUCCUGUCCUGAUCAGUUAUUUUUGCAAUCUGUCAAUCAACAAAUCUCCAAAGCACCUGCUGUCCAGUCUGUGUUCUCAGAUUGCUUGCAGAUACGACUAUCAGUCUUCCAUGAAGCAGAAUCCCAGCUUCAUCAUUAGCAGUGACCCAGACAGUCCCAGUUGCAUUACCAGCCACAGUGAGCUUAUAUCCAACUGCAGCCCAACAUCUAUUCUGGAUUGUCAUCAUGAAGGCAGCACCAAAGAGCAAGUCUCUUACUGUAGCAAUGAGCUCAGUACCAAACCAUACCAAGAUCUUAGAAGACCUAACUCUGACACUAGUCUGUCUGAACUUGAAGAGCAUCUUGCAUCACUCCUUACCCUCCUCCCUUCCUCCAAACAGCCUCUCAUUCUAAUCCUUGAUGGCUUGGAUCAACUUGAAAACAGCUGCAAUGAGCAGAUAAUAAGGAGCCUUCCCUCCUCUCUGCCUCCAGGUGUCAAACUCAUCCUCACGAUUUCUUCCAACCGAGCACGUCUCCUGCAAGCCAUCAAACUACAUUAUCCACAAGGCAGUGGACAGAAAACAGGAUCUGUCUGUGCACAGCUGGGAUCAGUGGAAAGGAAACAGUGUGUGAAGAUGUUGGCGCCACUGCUGAGAGGUUCAGGGAGGAAGGUGACAUCGGGACAACAGGCACUGGUGAAGCAGGCAUUGACUUCCUGUUGUCUGCCUCUCUAUGCUCGACUCCUGCAUGCACACACCUCACUGUGGCACUCUGAUUCAGAUGUGACUGGGUGGUCUCUCCCCGAUGGCAUCCAUUUAUCAAUUUCUGCUCUCUUGGAUAACCUGGAGCUAAAACAUGGCUCCUCUAUCGUUACUCAUGCAGUCUCCUAUCUCACCCUCUCCAGGACUGGCCUCUUGGAGGCUGAGCUUGCUAAUCUGCUCUCGGGUGAUGAUGACAAUCUGGGUGAGAACAGAAAGAGCCCUGCCUCUAAAAUAAAGGCCACACAAGUCGAGGUGGAGCGGCUACUCUUGGAUUUGAAGAACUUUCUCAUCAAAAGAACAGUGGCAGAUUCACAGGUUUUGUUCUGGGUGAGCAGGCGUUUUAAGCUAGUUGCAACUAAAAGGUAUCAAGGUGCUCAUGAGGUGAGGAGGAAGAUUUACUUAGUGAUGGCAGACUUUUUUAGUGGUCAAAGGGCUACUGGUCAUGGGAACCCACCUCUUGUAAACCAUUCAUCUGGAAUAAAAGCUGAUGCAGAUGGUCAUUCCUACAGCCAGCCAUGUGUCUUCUCUUCUUCCAAAAAUGUUGGACAAGUAAACAUUAGAAAAGUCUUCAAACUGCCACAUCGCUUACAACAAAGUGGCAGGUUAGAGGAGUUGGAAUGUGGGUUGUUGAUGUUCACCGGGCUAUGGCUCAAGCUGGUCUCCUAGAUGAUCUGGUAGCCAUGUUGGAGACUGGUGAAUGCUUAUCUAAGUUUCAGUUUUUAAAGGAAAGAUUGCUCCUCGCGAGCACAUUGAGGUCCUCUGCUUGCUUCCUGCAGAGCUCACCCCUGCAGCUUCACACAGUGAUGGAGACAAGCCUCUUCCCUUAUCUGGAGGUCUUUCCUGGGCUUGGGGGUUAUGUGAGUGACAUCAGACAGGAAAGGAGGAAAAGUGGAAGGGGUUUAGGAGUAGUGUUUUGCCCUGGUCCCCCUUCAGUUUCUGCA